CAUUCUAUUUAUUCUAUUUGCUACAAUUGCCCUAGCGGCUCUCCGCAGUAGGGUUGCCGUCAGCUUUAGAACAACUAAUGUAGUUCCUACGAGAAUAUUACAAAGACCCACGUUUCGUGGUCCUAAUGAAAAGAUCUGGUUAAAUCAUGCCAAUGAACAUUAUAGCAUUUAUACAGAUCUCACCGAACCUCGGCGGUUGAUGCUUGAAAGUCUUACAGUGUUUUCGACUUCUUUGUUUCCUGAGAAUGACAGAAUUCGACCAACACUUGGUAACGGCCAUAUUGCAACAGUUGUCUAUACAGAUACAAUCUACAUGAAUGGUCUCUACAAUGGCUUACGUGUAUUCAGUCACCGCGCAAGGAUACCAUCAACAUGUGCGAUUGAAGUUGUUUCCACUACGACCCGCAUAACAAAAUCGUCUUACUCAUUGGAUAUAGAAAAAGGAAUGUUCAUAGAAGUUCGUUCAGGUCCUGGUUUUAACAUAGAAAUAAAACGAUAUGCUCACAGAUCUAUAAAGCAGCUCAUGGUAACAGAGAUGACAGUUGAGAAUUGUUGCCUUGGCGAUUUCAAAGUUGACCUUGAGAUGAACUAUGGCAAUGACUCCGAGGAUAUUACCUUGAGGAGUGAUAUAGAGAGUGGUGUCAGGCACACAUAUGGUAAAACCAAAGUUUUGGAAGACGGAUCAGUAGGUGGGCUGCAAGUUUACAUGAUAUCUACAGACCUACCUCCAAAUGGAACGGUUGUUGUAAAAAAAGGACAAAAGUCUUCUUAUCUAUUUUUGACUUCCAUUGACACUGAAAAGGGCCCAGCGCUGAAUGCGUUCAAUAGAGGUGUUUCUGAGUACUUUAAUGGUGUACUAGAAGACCAACAUAUCAAAGCGUGGAGAAACAUUUGGGCCAACGGAAGAGUGGACAUAAUUGGUGAUCCAGAGACGGCCAAAGUAACUUAUGCUGCAUACUACUAUAUUAUUAGUUCUAUCCCAAUUACUAACGAUAGCGACUUGUCAUUUGUCGGCCUUUCACCAGGAGACCUUGCCCAUGGGUCUUAUUAUAAGGAUUACCAAGGACAUGUCUUUUGGGACCAAGAAACUUGGAUGUACCCUCCUAUACAAGUACUACACUCAGAUUUUGGUAAAACAUUGCUUAAAUCUAGAAUACGCACUCUUGAUUCUGCUAAACAAUUAGCUAAGCAAAAAGGGUACAAAGGUGCUAUGUAUCCAUGGGAAAGUGCAUAUACAGGGUUUGAAACAUCCCCGUCAGAUGAAACAGCAGACUAUGAACAUCACAUUACAGGAGACAUAUCUCAGGCUUUCUAUUUCUAUCUGACAAUGACCAAUGAUACAGAUUUUAUGACGACAGGAAGAGGAGCUGAAGUCAUAAGCAGUAUAGCUGACUUCUGGGCAUCACGAGUAACUCUAGAUAAAGAUACUGGACUCUACCAUAUAAAUGGUGUAAUGCCACCAGACGAGUAUCACUGGCCUGUUAAUGAUUCUGUGUACACAAAUUAUGUAGCUAAAAUAAGUUUAGAGGCGCCAUACAAAAUUCCAUCUACACAACCAACAGCAGGCUAUCAAAAUAUUGCUGACAAUUUGUUCAUUCCAUUUAACAAUACAGGACAGUGGCACCCAGAAUAUGACAGCUAUACAGAAGAUGUUGUUGUGAAACAAGCAGAUGUCAUAUUGUUGGGAUACCCUUUAAUGAUGAAUAUAUCAAAAGAAGUAAGAAGGAACGAUCUUCUCCAAUACGAAAGGGUUACACCUGGAGGACCAGCGAUGACUUGGGGUAUGUUUGCUAUCGGAUGGCUGGAACUUAAUCAGUUGGAUAAGGCAAAUGCCUUAUUUGCUAGACAAUUCGACAAUGUUAGAGAACCAUUUUAUACGUGGUCAGAGAAUGCCCAUGGUCCUGGUGCACACAAUUUCAUCACUGGAAUGGGAGGUUAUCUACAAUCUGUCCUGUUUGGAUAUGGUGGAAUCAGGGUAUAUGAUGAUAAAUUGACCGUGAAUGGUGCGCUGCCUUUGACCGCCACUUAUAUGAAAAUCGUAGGCAUCGAUUAUUUAGGAGGAAGUUUGAACUUACUUUUUUCCAAAUCAUCAUUGUAUAUCACAUUGACAAAGGAAGCGAUGACGACUUUAAAAUCUGAAGAUGAAUCGACGGGUUAUAGUAUUCCGUUGACACUUGGAAUUCCAUUAACAUAUAAGCUUACCAAAAUUUCUAUAAGCCCAGCUUAGAAUUUAAUUCGUUUAUAUACUUGUAUAUUGUAAUUGUUUUACGAAAGAAACAGACAAAAAUGUCGAUAUCAUUUUUUUCUUAUGUUUCUUUUUAAAUAAAGGCAACAGUAGUAUACCGCUGUUCGAAAGUCACAAAUCGAUUUAGAGAAAACAAAUACGGUUAAAAACUAACUUUAUGAGUUUGACUGUCCCUUUGGUAUCUUUCGUCCCAUUUUUAUUUUUACAAACCAACACUGAGGGAAACACGUCAAACAUAAGAGGGAAACAACAAAACAACAAGAAAGACUAAAGUGCAACAAAAACACGAACGACAAUGCAACACAUUCAGAAACGAACAUAAUAUAACAAUAGCAAAUACAACGAGCUAGGGCUAC